AUGUACACGACGUUGCCUAAUGGUAUCAAAGUCUUCUAUCGCGAAGCAGGCUCCUCAAGCAACCCGACCAUCCUGUUGCUACAUGGCUUCCCAUCAUCCUCAAACCAAUACCGAAAAUUGAUCCCUAUCCUCGCAGAGAAAUACCAUGUUGUCGCCCCAGACCUGCCGGGCUUUGGUUUCACGGAAGUUCCCGCCGCGCUGAACUUCAAAUACACUUUCGCCAAUAUCGCGACCACCAUCGGCUCCUUCCUUGACGUUCUCAAGAUCCAAAAGUUCGCCGUGUAUGUGUUCGACUAUGGUGCCCCGACAGGGUUCCGCCUUGCGCUUGAGCGGCCCGAGGCCAUCACUGCCAUCAUCUCCCAGAACGGUAAUGCCUACGAAGAAGGUCUAUCGUCGUUCUGGGAUCCCCUGCGGAAACUGUGGGCUUCAGAUGCUGGCUCAGACGAGGAGAAACAAUUGCGCGAGAUGGUAUCGGGUGCAGUCUUGUCCUUUGAUGCCACGAAGGGUCAAUAUCUAAAUGGUGAGCCCGAGGCUGAAAAGAUUGAUGACCCGGCGACAUACCAUCUCGACUACGCCCUUAUGUGCCGGCCAGGCAACAAGGAGAUCCAGCUCGACCUCUUCAGGGACUAUGCCUCUAACGUCGCCCUCUAUCCCAAGUUUCAGGCUUACAUGCGUGAGAGCAAUGUUCCCGUGCUGGCCGUAUGGGGCAAGAACGAUGUUAUCUUCCCGCCCCCAGGAGCCGAAGCCUUCAAGAGGGAUGUGAAAUCGCUGAAACUGGUGUUCUUGGACGGCGGGCACUUUUUGGUCGAAAGUCACACCGAAGAGAUUGGGAAGCUGAUGCUGGGUUUCUUGGCCGAAAAGGGCAUUUGA